AGCUCGCUCGAACUUCCUGUAGGAAUAAUAAUAGACACACUUGCAAUACACCGAAGAUAAUAAUCGAUUACCAAUCGGAGAACAAUAGCUAGUUAAUUUUGUGUUUUGUGUGAAAUAUAAAAAUGUCUCGUGACAAAGUUGCAGAAUCCAAAACGGCACACCGUCCAUCGCCGAAAAUAUUCCGGCUGUCUCCGAAUUCACUGGAGGUUCAGGACAUCUCGUUCGAAGCCUACAAACAAGCUCGGCUUUCCAGCGACCGCAGACGCAGCUUCUCGCCCAACUUGAACAAUCGAAACAUGAUUUCGCCGGACAUCUCACCGAUUGCUCUGAACAAGAACUUUGGAAUGGCGCCUCGCACCAAUACACCGAGAGUCAAACCACCAGCCAAAGGCUUGUCGGCGAUGGAUUAUCCUAAGUUCAAAAUGCCUCCUCAACUGAGCAAUGGAGACCGGCGAAAGACGUUCCACACGAUCGGAACUCCGUUGGCCAAACGACAACUGGAGCAUCGCAUUUCCGUUUCAAACAUACUACUCGAUAUGGAUCUGGGCAAGUAUGCUCGCAUUUUCAGCGAAGAAGAGAUAGAUUUCGAGGUGUUCCUAACCCUGUCGGAGAAAGAUCUGCACGACAUUGGGAUCCACUGCAAGGAAGACAUCGAGCUGAUUGUGGCCAAGGUGGCCGAGUACAAUGCCUGCGUGUAGUCAUGCCAUUUUCUAUUUCUCUACUGAAUGUUUGUGUUGUGUCCAUGUGCGUUUUAAAUUUAACUGACCCUUGAAUUUUGUGUUGUAUGUUUGUGUGUUGUAAGUUUCAAAUUAUAAAUUCAGGAUUGUAUCGUAGAUCGAUUAAUUUUUAAACAUUCAAACGAAUAGAAUAAAACAUGAAUCUUUUUGAGAUAAGAUA